AUGGACAAGUCUGGCCUCGAGGGCUUUGCUAAGGAGGCGCGACAGCCUGUGCCGCCGGCCCAAUGCCCGCAGCUCAACCCCGUCGUCGGCUACUGGGACCCGCUCAACCUCUCUAACGGCGAGUUCUGGGGCGACUCGAACUCAGCGACGAUCGGCUUCCUGCGCGAGUCGGAGAUCAAGCACGGCCGCGUCGCGAUGGCCGGCUUUGUGGGCUACAUCGUGCAUGCCAACGACAUUCGCUUCCCGUGGGACAAGGUUGCGAUGGCGGCGCCAAAGGGAGUGUUGUUUACAUGGGUGCGCUUUGACUAA